AUGACUGCCACCUCAACACGGGAUCACCAAGCUGCAGAGGGCCUUGCAAGCCUGGGAAAUAACUUUGGUGACAUGGAUCGGUAUCAAGGUGAUGUGACUCCUCAACAGCACUCCCCGGGUGCUGCACCCAAGAACGUCGCAUUUGAGCUUCUCCUCGAUGAGAACUCUAAGAUUCGAGCUAGAAUUCCAAUGCGAGUUCAGAUCUUCCCUCAUGAUACAACCGACUCCAUUGUGACCACGGUCAAAAACUUUUAUGGUAUAUAUGAUGGUGUCGCUAGUGGUGUGAGUUUUGAAGAUGAGCACGGCACGACCCUCAUUGCGAGCUAUGAGACACAUUAUCACGGUAUGUCUCCAAUGGAUGGUCGCAAGCGCCCGAGUCUUGGAGAACCCUUUCAAAUGAUUCCUACUACAAGCCAAGGACAACAUUAUGGCCCCUCGUCAUCACGCCCAUUAUCUCGCACUCGACGACCGAGCACUUCUCCCUCUGGUAGAGGUCGACGCAGUGCCUCACAGCACAAAGGCUCUUCAAGGAACGGUAUUAAGAGUCGAGGGUCUAGUGCCCAUGGCAGUUUCGCCGAAGAUCCAAUUUCUGGAUAUAGCGACAGCGAGGGCGGUCACGGUUCUAUCAGUGGCUCUAGAAAGGCUCGGAGUGAACAAUUCGCAAGCUCCGAGAUCAGUAUGGACAAUAUUGUUCAAGAAAGCCGUCGCAAAAAGCCCAAGUUUGAGAGCUCGGAAUUGCCUCUUUUCGCACCUCCACAAGUUCCAUUGACUACCUCGACAUCCUCGAUCUCUCCACAGCGACGAUCGACUGGUAACGAUGGCGAACCGUCCCCAUUCGCCCGGCCUACACACCGUCCUCUGAAUAACCGACCCCCGUUACCGUCUCCUCGGAGUUAUGGUUACAGUGAGCAUGGCUAUGGAAAUGGUUCCACAAAAUCCUCCUAUUAUUCCAAUGCAAUCUUUCCGGACAAUGGGCAUCGCUCGCGCCUUUCUGGCGGCUCGGUUCCAGGUUCUGGAAGUAGACAGACGGUAUCUGGAAUCCUACCAACGCCAGACCCGACUAUUGCCAGCUGCAUAUCAGACGAGGACGUUGCAAUGCAAUUGAUUCGUCUCGGAGACGCAUCAAACUUUUCUCAUGGCCGCAAUUCUACUUCAACAUUGGAUGAUGCCUUCAGCGGUGCAGCCGACGCCUCUUCCUCAACAGGCGCAACAAGUGAUGGGGAAUUCAGCGAGAAUGAAGAUGACAAUGAGCUCCCACCCCGAUCGAGGCAGCGCGUGGAGUCAAGCCCACUACUUCCACCUGGUCAUAUCAAACAAAGCUACAAGGGAUUGGACGAUAUACUUCCAAGCUACGACAGCACCGAGGUCAGCGCUGAUGAAGGUGAAGAAUAUCAUCAAACUAGCGACUUGGUCCUUGACGAGUACCAUGGUGACGAUUACGAUGAGGUCGAUGCGCUCCGCGCAAAGAAGCAGAAAGUCAAGUCGGAUAGCGUUUCCUCAAGCAAGAACCGCGCUAUGAAAUCUGCUCCUGCAAAAUCUGCAAAGAAUGGAAAAGCCCGAGCGGUUCCUGUUGCUCGCAAAUCUAAAUCAGUUCUUCCAUCGGCAAGUGGAGUGAAGAUGGAGGCACCAACACAAAUCCUCAGUCCUGCGCCGUCACGAAAGACAUCUGGGUCCGGUGUCAACUUCCAGCAUCAACUUGCUGCAGAUGAAGAAGAUCUAUCUACAAAGCCUCGCUGUCAGCGUUGCCGCAAGAGCAAGAAGGGAUGUGACCGUCAACGACCAUGUGGUAGGUGUAAAGACGCAGGAAUCGGUCUGGAAGGUUGCAUCAGCGAAGAUGAAGGAAAUGGACGGAAAGGCCGCUAUGGCCGACAUAUGGGUGUUCCCAUCAAGAAGACUUCGGAGCCUGGAGCAACGUUUGAUGCGAUGGGAUUGUCAACCCCAGCAACUCCUGUAGAAUCUAUCGUCGCAAGUGCCUCGGGCGACAAAAACAAAAAGCGCAAACGGUAA